AUGGAAAUACCCUCGCGUGCACGGACGUCCUCCAUCCCACAUCAACUCACCCGCUGCUCCUCCUCGGAUGGCCCCCAGCUGCUUGGGAGCCGACAGAGACCUGGGUCCUCCAAAGUCCUACUCGCAUACAAAAACGCAUCGCAAAACCUGAACUCGUCAGGGAUGAAAAUAGGUCUGGGGAUACUUAAAGUGGCCACGUCUCAGUGGAGACACGACAAGGAGACGCUCACUGGGCCGGCCAGCCCGAGACAGCCGGACAACUAUGAUCACGUGUGCAAGCGUUCUCCCCUGGACCAGCUGGCAGCCCUGCUUCUCCACUGCCGAACGCCGCGACGUCAAAUAGGUCAAGAACCCCGAAAGGAGCACUUCUCGACCAAGCCGCAGAACUGCAAGCGCAUCGUCGUUCUCGGCGCGCCGCGGGUCGGCAAGACUUCCAUCCUGCGGCGGUACCUAAGAGAUGGGUUCGUGGAGGAGUACCAGCCCACGUCCGAGGACUUUGUCCGAAAACUGUUUCGCAUACGCGGAGAAACGUACCAAAUUGACAUUUUAGAUGCUUCUGGCGAGAGGGACUUCCCAGCCAAGCGGCGAUUGUCUAUCCUUACAGGAGACAUUUUCUUGCUUGUCUUCAGUCUGGAUGACAGGCGCUCUUUCGAAGAGGUGUGCGCUCUCAGGCGGGAGAUCCUGGCAGCCAAAUCCAAACUGAUUAAAUUGUCACAGCAUUCUGGAAAAGAGCAACUCGCCUUGGUGGUCUGCGCCAAUAAAGUUGAUCUCCAGGAAUCUGAGAGGGAAGUCUCCCGGGCAGAGGUACUCCACGCUCUGGGUGAUAACUGCGUCUACUUCGAAACCUCUGCGAAGGACAGCACUAACCUGGAGGAAGUAUUUGAGGCUUUGGCCAAGAGCGGCGGGCUUCCGGCCGAGACUGGACCGUCACAGCACCGCAGGGUGUCCCUCCAUUCAUACCAGGCCAUGCGCGCCGGUCACCUUCCAGUCCAAUUGAUAGGACGUGAUGACGCCUGCGGGGUGUUGUACCCGCUGGCCCGGAGGCCGAGUUUCAGCGCGGAUCUACGGCAAGUGAUUGGGCCACAAGGUGCCCACAAGGCUGGCAAAACAAAAGAAAAAUGUCUUAUACAGUGAGAGACCAAAUAUUCAUAAAACACUGUAAAAUAAUAAUGUUACA